AUGGGAGGAUAUAAACCACAAAAGAGUCUAUCAGAUGCAGAUAAGGUAAAAAGUGAUAGUGAAUGGGUAUCAGUCCACCACAAGAAACGUCAACGCAACGAUGAUGGUCCUGAAUUGAAAAGCACUAAACAAGCUACACUCAAAGAUUAUUGGCUAAGAAAAACUGUUCUUACAUCUAACAAAUACGAGGCACUUAAAAAUGAUAAACCUAGUAAAGAGGUUGAAAUGCUGGAAGACCAAAAAGAUGAACAGCCACCACUUAUAUUUAUAGAACAUGUCGACUAUAUAAAACCAUUACAGGAGUUACUACAGCAGAUAACUGCAGAAAAUGAACAGUCGUCUUCUAAUAAUGUAAGUAUUAAGUGUGAUAGUGUAGAACUGACUGAUGUUGAAUCAGCUUCAUAUCCAGGCCCCUCUGGAAGUAAAGAAAGCAAUUUGCACGUUUUAAAACCAGCACUAUCUUCACCAGUAAAUCUUAAAGAAAAUACUCAUCUGCUGAAUGUAUUAGCUUCUGAAGUAACUUCUAGUGAUAAUUUGAGUUCUGGAUCUAGCAAUUUGUGA